CUGUCUGACAGCGUCAUCGAUCGGAUGAAGGAGCCCUCAGGCAGUGGCAGACAGCACCGAGGGGCAGUUAGUGAUGAAGAGCUGAAGAAAAGAAUUGCUGAGGAACUGGCACUGGAACGAGCCAGGAGAGACUCUGAAGCUCAGAAGAGAAGGUUGUGACCCGAGCCAUCCUCCGCGAGAGAGCGGCCACCGAGGAGGAGCGGCAGAAGGCUCAGCGCUUUGACAUAGAAGCAAAGGCCAGGCAGCUGGAAGAGAAGGACAGGGAGCUGAAGAAACACGAUGCCUACUACAAAGAGCAGCUGGCUCGGCUGGAAGAGAGGAGUGCCCAGUUCUACAAAGUCACCACUGAGCAAUACCAAAAAGCUGCUGAUGAAGUCUCAGCUCGCUUCAAGAGAUACGAGUCCCAUCCCAUCUGUGGGGAGCUGCAGGAUAAAAUCCUCCAGUGCUACCGGGAACACGCCCAGGAGACCCUGAGCUGCUCUGCCCUGGCCAGCCAGUACCUGAACUGUGUCAAUCAUGCCAAACAGCAGAGAAUGCUUGGGAGAGGAGGAUAAAGGCAUUGUCCGAAUCAAGCACAAGACCAUCAACUAAUUUCAGCAGAAGAGCUUUUUUUGUUUUCCCUCCCCAAGAACGACCCAGCAGCCCAUUUUCAGGGCAGCCCAAUAAAGAGAAGAAGUGGAAGAGCCAUUUGAAGGGCAGCACGCUCAGGGCUCAAUCAGCAGCAGCGCUCGGGAAGCCAGGCCUGGAUCUCCUUCCAUCAGAGCUCGCCCGUGCGGGGCCACAUCAAAGCCCACUUAUUGCUGAUUGAAGGAAGAGAAAGAAAAGCGCCUUUCUCUGACCUCAGAGAGGGGAAAUAUCCUUCAAAUGCUGCUGUUUCACUGGAGGAUCUCCUCAGAAACAUCUCUCUGUCAGAGGCAGGGGUGUAACCCUUGCGGCACCAGAACGCGGUCGUUCCUCAGAGCAGCCCCUGGUCCCACUGUCAGAGUUCUCCUCACAGUGUAGAAUUGUAAAUUGUGCUUUAACUUAUUCCCCAAAUGGCCUGGCUUGAUGAAGUCUCUCUCUCUGCAGGCCUUCUGCUGGAAUGAUGUUUGUGACCCAACACUCGGGGUGCUCCAUGGGCCUUUGUUUCCAUGGGAUGGUUCUGUUGUGCUCUUCGCUCGUAUCAAGUGCUGACGAGAAUGCCUCGCUCUGUACCAACAAUAAAUCUAUUUUAUGCACAAGA